CUCCUUUUUUUUUUUUUUUUUCCUCCGGUGCUCGACUUUUUCCUUCCUUUUUUUUUCCCCCUCCCUCCUGUGCUGCUGCUUUUUUGAUCUCUUCAACUUUAAAUUUUUUAAAAGGAGUGCAUUAUAAUCGGUUCUGUUCUCUCUUCUCUUUUUUUUUCCCCUCUGGUGUGUGUGUGUGUUGCUGCUGCUGCUGGUCGACCAGUAUUUAUACCAACCCAACGCUCUUUGUUUCCCCUCCUUUUGGAUCUGUUGAGUUUCUUUGUUGAAUAAGACAGCAUGGGUGCCCAGUUCUCCAAGACCGCUGCAAAGGGCGAAGCCUCCGCCGAGAAACCUGGGGAAGCAGUGGCUGCAUCUCCAUCCAAGGCGAAUGGACAGGAGAACGGCCACGUGAAGGUGAACGGCGACGCCUCCCCCGCGGCGGCGGAGGCGGGCAAGGAGGAGGUGCAGGCGAACGGCAGCGCGCCCGCCGAGGAGACGGGCAAGGAGGAGGCGGCCUCGUCGGAGCCCGCCUCCGAGAAGGAGGCCGCCGAGGCGGAGAGCACCGAGCCGGCCUCGCCGGCGGAGGGAGAGGCCUCCCCCAAGACUGAGGAGGGCGCGACCCCCUCGUCCAGCAGCGAGACCCCGAAAAAAAAAAAGAAGCGCUUUUCCUUCAAGAAGUCCUUUAAGCUCAGCGGCUUCUCCUUCAAAAAGAACAAAAAGGAGGCCGGCGAGGGGGCGGAGAGCGAGGGCGGCGCCGCCGCCGCGGCGGAGGGCGGGAAGGAGGAGGCGGCGGCGGCGGCCCCCGAGGCGGCGGGCGGCGACGAGGGCAAGGGCUCCGCCGACGAGCCCUGCGCGGCUGCCCCCGGCGGCGCCGAGGCGGCCAAGGAGGAGGCAGGGGACUCGCAGGAGGCCAAAUCGGACGAGGCCGCCCCCGAGAAGGCGGCGGCGGCGGGAGAAGAGGCCCCGGCGGCGGCGGAGGAGCAGCAGCAGCAGGAGGCCAAGGCGGCGGAGGAGGCCGGCGGCGCCGCCGCCGCCACCACCACCACGAGCGAGGCCUCGGGCAGCGGCGAGCAGGAGGCGGCCUCGGCGGAGGAGGCGGCGAGGCAGGAGGCCCCCUCCGAGAGCAGUCCGGAGGGCCCCUCCGCCGAGCCGGCGGAGUAGAGCAGCGCCCGCCGCCGCCCCCUCGCCGACGAACUUUUUUCUCCCCCCCUGUUUGUUUGUUGGAGUGGUGCCAGGUACUGGUUUUCGGAGAACUUGUCUACAACCAGGGAUUGAUUUAAAAGAUGUCUCGUUUCUUUUUUUUCUCUCCCCGCAGAUUUUUUCCCAUCUCAAAUCAAUUCUGUUACCACCAUUCCAACGGGCGGAGGAGGGCCUCGACGCCUCCCUCCGCCUCCUUCCUUCUCUCCUCCUUUUUUUUUUUUUUUUGCAUCAGUAUUAAUGUUUUUUUGGUUUUUUGGUUUCGUUUAUUUUUUUUUAUUAUUAUUUUUUGGCAUACUUUGCAUCUUUAUUCGAAAUGUAAACUUUCUUUGUCAGUCUAUGGACAUGCCCAUAUAUGAAGGAGAUGGGUGGGUCAAUAAGGGAUAUCAAAUGAAGUGAUAAGGGGCCACAGUGGGGGAUCCGUGGCGCGCAUCCAUUGCCAAGAGAACGUGCCACGAGAAAUGAUGUAAGGGGUUAGUCUUUUUUUAAAAGAAAGUUAUUACGAUGUAUUUUGUGAGGCAGAUGUUCUAUAAGGUUUACAACACUACAAGUCUUGAUUAAGAAGGAAAGGAAAAAAAAAUCAAUACCCAGAUAAAGAGAUCAUAGUCUUAGGAAUUCAUUUAAACCAUAGGAACUUUUCACUUAUCUCAUGUUAGCUGUAUCAGUCAGUGAUUAAGUAGAAAUACAAGUUGUAUAGGCUUUAUUGUUUAUUGCUGGUUUAUGACCUUAAUAAAGUGUAAUUAUGUAUUACCAGCAGGGUGUUUUUAACUGUGACUAUUGUAUAAAAACAAAUCUUGAUAUCCAGAAGCACAUGAAGUUUGCAACUCUUUCCACCCUGCCCAUUUUUGUAAAACUGCAGUCAUCUUGGACCUUUUAAACACAAAUUUUAAACUCAACCAAGCUGUGAUAAGUGGAAUGGUUACUGUUUAUACUGUGGUAUGUUUUUGAUUACAGCAGACUGCUUUCUUUUCCAGUUGUCUUUGAAAAUAAAGGAAAACUCUUCAGAUGCAAUGUUUUUUUUUUUUUUUUGGUGUAGCAUCUUGUCUAUCAUGUUUUUGUAAAUACUGGAGAAGCUUUGACCAAUUUGACUUAGAGAUGGAAUGUAACUUUGCUUACAAAAAUUGCUAUUAAACUCCUGCUUAAGGUGUUCUAAUUUUCUGUGAGCACACUAAAAGCGAAAAAUAAAUGUGAAUAAAAUGUA